AUGUGUGUAGCGUCAAUAUCCAGGUGUGUGUGUGUUGGAGUGUCAGUGUAGUAUGUUUCGGUGUGUGGUUAGCGUCCAGUGAGUUUACAUCCAGCCUGUGCGAGAGACUCAGUGCAAAGAAAUAUGAAUAAAUUAAGGGGGUCAAUGCAAAUAGUCCAGAUAGCCAUUUGAUGAACUCUUCAGCAGUCUUAUGGCUUGGGGUUAGAUGCUGAUUAGAAUACUUUUCACAUACGCUUGAUAUGGCGGAACCUGGUGAGGAAGACAUGGUGGAACCUAUUGAGGAAGACAUGGUAGAACCUAUUAAGGAAGACAUGGUGGAACCUGGUGAUGAAGACAUGGUGGAACCUGGUGAGGAAGACAUGGUGGAACCUAGUGAGGAAGACAUGGUGGAACCUAUUGAGGAAGACAUGGUGGAACCUACUGAGGAAGACAUGGCGGAACCUGGUGAGGAAGACAUGGUAGAACCUAUUGAGGAAGACAUGGUGGAACCUAUUGAGGAAGAAAUGGUGGAACCUGGUGAGGAAGAAAUGGUGGAACCUGGUGAGGAAGACAUGGUGGAACCUGGUGAGGAAGACAUGGUGGAACCUGGUGAGGAAGACAUGGUGGAACCUAUUGAGGAAGACAUGGUGGAACCUGGUGAGGAAGACAUGGUGGAACCUUGUGAGGAAGACAUGGUGGAACCUGGUGAGGAAGAAAUGGUGGAACCUGGUGAGGAGGAAAUGGUGGAACCUGGUGAGGAAGAAAUGGUGGAACCUGGUGAGGAAGACAUGGUGGAACCUGGUGAGGAGGACAUGGUGGAACCUAUUGAGGAAGACAUAGUGGAACUUGGUGAGGAUGACAUAGUGAAACCUAGUGAGGUGGACACACUGACAAACUGCCCUGCCCAGUCCUUAUGUCUGUUGCUGUUAGUCCAGUGAUGAUUAUGAGGGCAGCCAGGGACUUGUUGCUAUUGAUGUGGCGUUGAUGUGGCUAUUCUUCCCACAGUGGUUGAGGCCAGGGAUUUUCUGUUUGAACUGUGAGUUGAGUUUAUAUUUCUCCUUCUGCUGUUUUUGAAGCCAUAUUGACCCAGAAACCCUUAGCCACAACUGGGCAUAGCGUUAUCUGUCAGAACACACACUGUGAGGGUUUUGUUGCUGUUCUGUCAGACUCUGUAGUGGUGAUUUUCUCUCUGAACUGUGAGUUGUUGUGAAAAUUGGGCAUAUUUUUGUGCAACCCCUAAUGCCUUUUGGACUCUCCCUCCCUCCCUCUCUGUUCCCCCAUCCCUCUCUGUUCCUCCCUCCCUCUCUGUUCCUC